AUGCAAGAAACAAGGAGUCAAAUAGAUACUGUAAGACGUAUAGCAAACAAUGCACGUACGGGAUUGGAUACUUUACGAGAAGCACAAAAUACACUAAAGGAAGCAAAUGAUAUUCUUGGCUCAGUAUCAGACAUGCAUGAAGAUUGGCUUAAAGGUAUUGACAAAUCUUUAAAAAAUCACAGUCAGUCUAUUGCUGACUACAAGAAAAGUAUAGAUUUUUUACAUAGUGCUAUGGACGUACAUGAUGGAAGCAUAAGGAACUUACUUAAUGCUAACAAUAACUUACCAGGAACUAUUAAAGCAUUUAUAAAGUCCUUUGUAAAACCUGGUGCUCUAACAUUUAGGUCUUUGAGAGCAAGAGCAUUGAAGUCAAGAGAUGCAGAAACUCCAACAGAACCUACAGAAGGAACUGAAACAACAGAAACUCCAGAAGAACCACCAAAACCAACAGCUAAUGAAAUAUUGUUCGAAUAUUUUCCAAGGUACUCUGUUCUCAUUGCAUACAUUCAAGAAAUACUUAAGAAAGCAGACUUGACUUUAGGAGAUGAUGAAAGUUCUGUAUAUCUUUCGUUCCAGUUUCAAAUAGCAGAACUUUUGAGACAGAUAUGCUUAAUGUAUGACAACAUCUCUGAUUUCACAAGAUAUGAUGACGACCAUGACCCCGAACACGGUGAAGAAGAAGUUUUACAAACAUCCAUUAAGACAGGAAAGGUUUUAACUCAAAGUCUCAUUAUUGACACCAAAGAUGGCGAAGUGGACGUUCUUCAAGAGCUGA